AUGACGGGCCGCUGCCGCUUUCUGCCGCCGCGCUUGGCGCCCCGGGCCUCCGCACCGCCUCGUCUCCGGCGGCCGCUGCUACCGCCGCCAUCCUCCGGCUCCCACGGCGACUGGCGGCUGAGCAAUAAUUCUAAAGGAAAUAAAAUUUAAAAACUGGGAGUAUCUGAACUCAACUUUUGGCUAAUUCAAGGUAGUGCCUGGUGGUGUGGAACAAUCAUUUUGAAAUUUCUGACAUCUAAAAUCUUAGGCGUUUCAGACCACAUUUGCCUGAGUGAUCUUAUAGCAGCCAGAAUCUUAAGGUAUACAGAAUUUGAUACUUUAAUAUACACCUGUGCUCCCAAAUUUGACUUCAUGGAAAAAGCGACUCCACUGAGAUACACAAAGACAUUAUUGCUUCCAGUUGUUAUGGUGAUUACUUUUAUCUUUAAAAAGACUGUUCGUGAUAUUUCAUGUGUUUUAGCUACAAACACUUAUCUAAGAUGCUGUCUUCGCAGGUGCCAUGCCUACAAUGGCAAGCGUGAAGCUGUCUACACUUCAUCCCAUUGUGAAUCAUCCACAUUACGAAGAUGCAGACUUGAGGAUGGACAAGAAGUUCUGUCAGCUGAUGAGAAAUGAUGCCAGAUGGUAACUCAGAUAUACAAGAAAUACUGAAAUGCGCUGGAAAUGGCCUGGUUGCAUUAUGCUUGAAAUCUGGGAUGUGGAAGACCCUUCCAAUGCAGCUAACCCUCCCUUAUGUAGUGUCCUGCUCGAAGAUGCCAGUAUUUCAGAAUAGUGUGUACAGAGUAUUGAAGGUUAACUGAGAAGGAAACUACCCAUUACACUAUGGCACAAUGCCGUGUGUCAAAAACAAUCACCCUUUGGCUUAUUUACAUUAAUAAAAAUCACAAGCUUUAAUAACAGACACUUAAAAAUAAGAUAAAAAUGGAUUGAAAGUUUUUCUGAUUACUAAAAGGUAAAUUACUUUUCUGUUCAUUGAAUGUCAGCCUUAUUAAGCUUGUCAUAUAAAUUAUUCAAUCAUGUCAUACUGCAUAAACAAAUGUUCAUUUCAGAGUUUUAAAGAGAAAUGUAUAUAAAAGAACAAUGAAUUUUAAUAAAUCAAGGGUACGUAAGUCCCUUUUCAUCCAACUAGGUGAAUUGCUUCAGAUUUUCUCUAGUACCAGAGUGUACCCACUCAAACUCUUUGAACCACUUAGGGCAGAGGAAUGCAAAGUCCUGCCCAAGUGGACCCAGAGGCAAAGGUGAGGGACCCCAAUUGCAGGAGUAUGUGUUGCUUGGGCUCCUGGGAGCCACAGUUGGAGCUGGCAUUCCUGGGGACCAAAUAACACAGUGUGCAGCAGAAGAGACAUCCCCAGAGCUGGGAAGGUCUGGAUCGAGUGUAUUCGUUUCUUAGGGCAACUGUAAGAAAGUACCACAAACUGGGUGGUUUAAAACAACAGAAACUUGUCUCACAGUUCUACAGACUCAAAGUUCAAAAUCAAGGUGUCAGCAGAGCCAUGCUCUCUAGGGAAUUUAAAGUCUCUAGGGAAUAAUCUUUCCUUGCUUCUAACUCCUUUGGUUGCCAACCUUGGCAUUCCUUGGCUUAUGCAAGCCCUGCCUCUGUCUUCACAUGGCCUUAUUUCACCUGUGUCUCCUCUGUGUUCUCAAAUUUCUCUGCUUGUAAGGAUACCAGUCAUCGGAUUUAGGGCCCAUUGUCAUCCAGUAUGACCUCAUUCGAGGGCAGUGGCACCAUCUCAGCUCACCGCAACCUCCGCCUCUCAGGUUCAAGCGAUUCUCCUGCCUCAGCCUCUCAAGUAGCUGGGAUUACAGGCUCACACCAUCACACUGGGGUAAUUUUUGAAUUUUUAGUAGAGAUGGGGUUUUACCAUGUUGGUCUGGCUGGUCUCAAACUCCUGACCUCAAAUGAUCUGCCCGCCUCAGCCUCCCAAAGUGAUGGGAUUACAGGUGUGAGCCACCACACCCAGUCUGACCUCAUCUUGAUUACAUCUGCAAAGACCUCUUCUCUAAAUAAAGGCACAUUCACAGGUACUGGGGUUAGAAGCUCAACAUGUCUUUUGGGGCUGCGCACAGUGGCUCAUGCCUGUAAUCCCAGCAUUUUGAGAGGCCAAGGCGGGCAGAUCACCUGAGGUCAGGAGUUCGAGACCAGCCUGGCCAACAUGGUGAACCCCAUCUCUACUAAAAAUACAAAAAAUCGUCUAGGCAUGGUGGCAGGUGCCUGUAAUUCCAGCUACUGAGGAGGCUGAGGCAGAAGAAUUGCUUGAACCUGGGAGGCAGAGGCUGCAGUGAGCUGAGAUCAUGCUACUGCACUCCAGCCUGGGCAACAGAGCAAGACUCUGUUAAAAAAAAAAAAAAAAGUCUUUUGGGAGAACAGAAUUGAUGCAUAACACAAGCAAAGUGACCAAACCCAGGAAAAGCCAGCUGUAAAACCAGCCAGGGUGGGAGCCCAAGGCCAUCCAGUAGAUGAGAGCUGUCUAAUGGUCUAAUACCCUCAUGUCUCCUCCGCCCUCUGGCCUUGGCCUUGGGAAGCAACGCUCAGCAAGGGAGAGGCGGUGGGGAUGGGCAAGGAGCAGAACAGAUGGUCACACCUGUCUCCGCAAAAGCAGACAGCCAAGAACUGCACUCUGUAGCAGGAAAAAGAUGUUCUGUCUUUAAGCACUAAAUUGUUAAUUAAUAUCUUGGACUAAGCAUUCCAGAAAAACUUCUUAUUUUGGAAACGUUUAAGCAUACAAAAAUAGAGGAAAUAGAAUACCGAGUUGCCUAUGUACCCAUUGCCCAGCUUCAACAAUUAUCAACUCAUGGCCAAUCAUUUUUUUUAAUCUACACCCUCACCCACUCCUCCCUCUCAUAGGCUUCUUUUCAUGUAAAUCCCAGAUAAAUAAUCUGGAGAUAUUUCAUUCAGUUAUUUCAACAUGUCUCUGAAAGAGAAAAACUGUUUUAAAAAUAAAACAACAACAGACACCGAGGCCUACGCGAAGCCUCAGGUAGGGAGGAGGGAGAGGAGCAGAAAAAAAUAACCACUGGGUACUAGGCUUAGUACCUGGGUGAUAAAACAGUCUGUACAACAAACCCCCAUAACACGAGUUUACCUGUAUAACAAACCUGCACAUGUACCCAUGAGCCUAAAAUAAAAGU